AUGUCUACUUCUCUCAGUACCGCUUCUAGAGCAGCCCCGCGUUUAACGCGACGGUGCAUGCGAUGCGGCGAGCGGAGCGACAAUUGUCAGCCUGCGCGACGGCGCUGGAUGAGCAGCGUACGAGACGCGCCAGCUAAGAGACCCAAGACUGCCAUCUUCUUCCCUGGUCAGGGCGUACAGCGAGUGGGAAUGUGCACACCAUGGCUGGAAGCUUUCCCCAACACCGCGAAACCCAUCCUCGAGGAAAUCGACGAAACCCUCAAACUUCCCCUCACCAAGACGAUAGAGUCUGGUACCAAUGCCGAACUCACACGCACCGAGAAUGCGCAGCCGGCCAUCAUGGCAACCUCGAUCCUUAUACUGCGGAUAUUGGAGAAGGACUUCGGCUUCCAGACUAGUGAGCGUGUAGACAUCACACUGGGACAUUCACUGGGCGAGUUUGCGGCACUAGUAGCAGGCGGUUAUCUCACAUUCCGGGACGCACUAAAGAUGGUACGGAGACGAGCCGAAGUCAUGAGUAAAUGCAGUCAGGAAGCAGUUGCAGAGGAAGGCGGCGAGUUCGGCAUGGUCGCCCUAGUCUGCGAGUCCGAAGAGCACAUGCAAGCACUCAUCAACGGUAUCCAUGAGUUCCUUGCCCUGGGCUCUAAAGCAGACUCCCACGACCAUCUACCGGCCGUCCAACAAGUCUCAAUCGCAAAUCUCAACUCGAAGAACCAAAUCGUCCUUAGUGGCAGCAUCACCCGCAUCAACACCUUGCUCACGAAUCUACGUCAAUUUGGCGGCCACGAUCCACGUCACGUACGCUUAAAAUCCGACGCGCCCUUCCACAGCCUUCUCAUGAAGCCCGCUCAAGAAACCAUGAAACGCAUACUCCACAAAGAAACUGAAGAUGGACGUGACAUCGUUACAUGGCCAGGUAUCAUGCCUUGCAUAUCGAAUGUAUCUGGCAAGCCCUUCCAGGACAAAGAGCAGCUGAAGGAUCUUCUAGCACGUAGCUGUGUUGAGACGGUACAGUGGUGGAAGAGUGUAAAGUAUCUUCACGAACAAGAGAAGAUUAUGCGUUAUGUGGGUAUUGGUCCGGGGAAAGUGGGCAGAAACCUUGUGGGUAAAGAAGUGGGCAUGAAGGGCUCUGUCAAAGGAGGCGGUGUCUGGGGUAUUACAAGUCCGAAGGAAAUGGAGGAAGUGGUUAGGGCAUUGGAUGACACCGAGCAUGUUGAAGUGGAUUGA